CAGUUCUCUCGUCAGGGGCACUUUGGUCUUGUUCUCUGCUCUUGCUUUCUCCCUGGACCUGUCAGUUUCUUUUCCUUAUUGUUGUUUCCUUUCCUCCCCUUGUUUUCCCCCUUCUUCCCACAUGCUGGUGCUGUCCCACUAACAUUUCCUCCUUUUCGGAAUCCCGCUUACCGUCUUUUCCUGCUGGCACAUCCCUUUUGCUGUCAUUCCUAAACUGCUUACAACCUUCUGGCUCACAGGUUUGGUCCCUUCCCCUGUUGCAAAGACAUCUCUCAGACGAUGUUGCAUACUGCUUUGGAUGGUAGUGAAGAGUUGAAUCCUGACACUCAUUUAAAGCAAUGUAUCUGGGCUUAUUUGUUCCUUAGAAAUAGCAUAUGGUGCUGAUUAAGGGUAGCCGCCAAGCACAUGAUUUGUUCUUUAUACAUGCUGCCUGUUUUUUAAAACUAAAGUGCAAAAACGUGUAUCUGGCAAAGGAAUAAGCCAGUUUGAAAUAACAUAGUUCUGUGGCUGAGGUUUAUGGUCUUUGCUGUGUGUACACUACCCCCUGUACCAGCUGGGAAACCCCCAGCUGAGGAUUUUCCGACCUAACUUCUUCAUGACACUGGUGAGGCCUGGUGUGUCACAGCCAGAAGACACUGUACAGUUCCGUAUCUCCAUGCAGAUGACGAGAGUGGAUGUUAAGAAUUACCUUGAAAAAAUAUACAACGUGCCAGUGUCUGUUGUGAGGACCAGAAUACAGUAUGGUGCAAACAAUAAAAGGAACCACAAGAACCAGAAAGUGAAGAAGCCAGAUUACAAAGUUGCGUACGUACAGCUGGGUCAGGGACAAACCUUUCAGUUCCCAAACCUAUUUCCAGAGAAAGAAGAAACCCCAGAACCUGGCUCUGUCGAAGACAUCCAGAAGCAAUUUAUGGAGAACGAGAGACAGAGGCAGACAGCUGACCCCAGGCGAGGAGGAGUCACCAACUGGUUUGGACUUUGAUGGAACAAGGCAGCUGCCUCUCCGAUGGAUUUUAAUCAGCGGAACCUGCGUUUUUCUCUCCCUAUGACAUAGGGUUUAUUUUCGAGCAGCCUAUCUGUGCAUAACUACGACAAAAUGGCACAAAAGAGAAAUAAAAAUAAAAAGACAGCAUUUCAGAUCUUUC